AUGAGGAGAUUGAAGAAGAAGAGGAGCGACAGCCAGAGGGGGCUGACUCUGCGCUUCCAGAAUACCUCCCACGCCAGGCACGCUCCACCAGAGGCAAUCCAAAGUAAACUUACUCCGAUGAUGAUGAUGAUGAAUAUUCUUCGUCGGAUAACUCGAUUACUGGCUUCCCAAAACAGUAAUGAAUGCACCAUCACUCUGGCAAAGCCAGGAACGAAGUAUCAGGACUACCUUACUGACCCCACGUCAUAUGGGAAUGGGAAGGAAGUUUCCGUCAAGAUGCAGGAAUAUGGCCCCUAUAAUAUGACAAUUGCAGAUGAGGUGCGACCCUUUGCAAAGGUCCAUUUGGCAUUCACUCUCGUUUCCCAGUAA